CAAGACAAGAAACUAACGCACCGACAGAUGAAAAGGCCAUUUCCUGUACAAAUUGAAAUACAGAAUUAAAUGUUAUUUUAUCAGAUAUUCUGACGGAGUACUUCUCAUAAAGUUCAAAUAUAAAAUUUCUAAGUGAUGCAAUACUACCUGACAAGAUGAUGAUACAAAAACCAGGUCAAUUUUAACAGAUUAGGGGCCAGGGCCCCAAACAGCCAUCCUCGUUAACUAUGGACAAAAAGGGGAAACAUGUCAGCAUUCGGGUCAUCUUCUUAGAUGAUCAGGUGCACGCCUUUCAAAUACAUAUCAAGGGAUUUGGUCAAGCACUUUGGGACGCUGUGACCAAGCAUCUAAGUUUGGUAGAAUCAGACUACUUUGAUCUAGAAUAUGAAGACAGCAGGGGUAUUCAGAACUGGUUGGACAGAGAUAAAGCUAUAUUAAAACAGUUACCAAGUGCAGACACACCUUUGAAGUUUCUUGUAAAGUUUUAUACUCCAGACCCUGCACUGCUGGAAGAUGAGUUAACCAGGUAUUUGUAUGCUCUACAGAUAAAGAAAGAUUUGGUGACUGGGUCACUGACUUGUAGUGAUAACACAAUGGCUCUUCUUGCAUCAUAUAUUGCUCAAGCUGAAGUAGGGGAUUUCCCUAUUGAAGAAUAUGCAGAUCACACUUAUCUCCGUGCCAACAAUUUACGCUAUAUCCCCAACCAGACGGAGGAGAUAGAGAAAAAAAUCAUGGAAUAUCACAAACAACAUGUGGGAGAGAACCCAGCAGAAGCUGAUAUGAACUUGCUAGACACAGCUAGAAAGGUGGAGCUAUAUGGGAUAAGGAUGGUACCUGCUAAGGACCAUGAAAAUGUUUCGCUGAACCUAGCGAUAUCACAUUCAGGUAUUCUGGUGUUCCAAGGUCUCACCAAGAUCAACACAUUCUCAUGGGCGAAAAUCCGAAAACUUAGCUUCAAGCGGAAACGGCUUCUCAUCAAGUUACAUCCUGAAAAUUAUGGUUAUUACAAAGAUUUGGUGGAGUUUUUCUUUGAUUCCCGUGACGAGUGUAAAACAUUCUGGAAGAAGUGUAUAGAGCAUCACGGCUUCUUCCGUUGUCAACGUGUGAAGAAGCUCCCUAGAAACAAAACACGAGUCGUAAGCAGAGGGUCCUCUUUUAGGUAUAGUGGUAGAACCCAGAAACAGCUCUCUGAAUUCAUCAGGGAAAGUUUUAGCGGGAAGCGUCCACAAUUUGAGAGAACUGUAAGUGGACGAAUCUCUAGUCGAAGUUCCAGUGUCACACCAAAAAUUCCUGCCAAAGUUUCCAUGCACAAUUCUGCUGACCUUCAUAAUACGUCUGCUUCAAGUGGAUCACAUAUCCUCGACCAGUCAUCUCUACCACGUCAACACGGUAAUGUAUCUGAUGCACCAGAUAUCCACAGCGAGAGCUCAGUGUCUGGAAGCAGGUCACUGAACUCUCCAAAGUUGGAGCACUCUCUUAGCCAGGAGGAAGGAACACCACAUCACCAUGCUCCCACGGUGAUGGAACGAGAGGAGGCGGAACAAGGAGAUGUUGCCAUAGUAACCCAGCAGCAGACACAGCAUGUAGCAGAAGUACAAGUGCCAAAACCUGUCAACCAUAAGCUGGGUUUACCUCAUUUGUUGGAGCGUGGGGACCGGGAAGUAUCGGCACCCGUUCUCCGACAUCUUGUCAAUGACGGACCGGAAACCAAUGAUAUGGAGCAUGAGCUACCGAGAUCCGAUGAAAUAGAAAACAUUCCAGAAACAGUAGAUGAAGAGGAAGAGGAUAUCUGCUUCACAGCACACCACCAUCAACAUCAUACCCCACAUCAUAACAUAGGGUUAAUGAACGGACAUUCUCACUCGGAGACUACCCCUGUUAUAACAACAGAUGUUGAUGCUGUAGAAGAUGAUUACAAUCCCCAGACAACAUCAACACAAGCCGAGAUUGUAGAGGUGCAAGAUUCUACUAUAGAGCUGUCUGGAGAUUACUACCCACCACCACCACCCCCUCUGCCCAUCUCACACGAUCUGUCCCUGUCACCAGGGUCAGGUCAGUCUACACCAAGGAAAGAUAUGAGGUCAUCAGCUAGUGGAUUAAACAGCAACAUUAGUACAUUAUCUGAGACUAGAACAGAGGGUUCUGAAGAUGGGGACAGGAGAAAAAGUACCAAGCGUUAUCCAGUGGACAAGGCCUACUAUAUUGCCAAGGAGUUGCUAAUGACUGAAAGAACUUACAAGAAAGAUUUAGAAGUUAUUACAGUGUGGUUCAAGAAUGCAGUGAAGAUAGGAGAUACAAUUCCUGACUUCCUCACAGACUUAUUUAGAUACAUGGACCCUAUCUACAACUUUCAUCUGAAUUUUCUGAAGGAUGUUGAACAACGCUUGUCCCUGUGGGAAGGCAAAUCUAAUGCUCAUUUGAAUGGUGACUAUCAACGUAUUGGUGACAUCAUGGUUAAUUCUUUCCUUACAUCAUUGGGGCCUUAUAUGAACUACCUGGAGAAACAGGAUGACAUUUUAGUAGAGUUGGAGAAGGCCCAGAAGACAAACAAAGACUUUGACUACCUGUGUAAGGAUUUCGAGGCACAGAAAGUGUGUUAUCUCCCCUUGACAACCUUCCUCCUCAAGCCUGGACAGAGACUACUACAUUAUAAACUACUCCUGGAAAGGUUGACUAGACAUUACUCAAAGGCACACCCUGACUACAUGGACUGCCAUGCAACACUGACGAAAUUAAUAGAGCUUGCACAGACGUUCAGGUCUCAGAGGAAAUGUAUGGAGAACCUUCAGAAAUUGAUGGAAUUACAGCGUGACCUUGUAGGUCUAGACACUAUUGUUCAUCCUGACAGGGAGUUUAUUCGGGAAGGUUGCCUACAGAAAUUUUCAAGAAAAGGUUAUCAACAACGAAUGUUCUUCUUGUUUUCCGACAUGCUGGUGUAUACAAGUAGAACAGCCACGCCCCUUCAACAGUUCAAAGUUCAUGGUCAGGUACCAUUGAGGGGAAUGAUAAUAGAGGAGUCUGACCAUGCUAAGAUGGCUGUUGCCAACAGUUUUGCUAUAUAUGGUGGAAAUAAAUGUAUUCUGGUAGCAGCUAGCUCACAGGAAGAAAAGGAUAAAUGGAUAGAAGAUUUAAACGAGGGGACGAUUCAAGCCAAGUCAAGAAAUGAUGAUAAACUGAACUAUCCUAGUCUUAAAUCAAGUACCAGUGAGUAG